AUGAGCCUUCUCGAUCACUUGUGGGAUGACACCGUCGCCGGACCUAUGCCGGAGAAUGGUCUCGGCAAGCUCCGAAAACACCCUAGCUUGCCUUCCCGUUCUAUCUCCGAUAAGGAAUCAGAGGGUGGAAACGUGAGAUGCUACGGUGUAGAUUCGGGAGAGGGUGCAGUGAAAGUGACACGUAGUAUCAUGAUAGUGAAACCAGCUGGGUACCAGAGUCCGAGUGGAUCAGCUCCGGCUUCCCCCGCCGGUUCUACUCCUCCACUAUCUCCAUUUUCCGGUAAGGAGCUAGAGAGCCGUUUCGUUUUCGAAGAAGGUCAAUAUCAGAUGCGUACGAGAGCGAGAUCAAGACAGGCCAAAACAGACCAAGCUCUUCUUCUCCUUUCAAUGUGUGAUAAAUGA